GCAGCUGGAGCAGGAAAUGCGAGGGCCGGUCCAAUGUCCUAGCAUAAAUAUUACAUGUUCCAUACUGCAAGUGAUGGUGGAUUUUAGCAAUCAGGGACCUUCUGCUCGCUUGGGAAGAGAAGGAACAUGGUGGGUCUGCUUUGCUGAUAGCCAGGGAUGCGGGCAGAACAAAUCUGGCUUGUAGAGACUUGAGCAGGGAGGAGGAUAUUGCUGGCUCCUGGCGGCCUGGAUCGAGAGCACGAUAAAGAAGAGAACUUUAUGGGCAGAAGGAAUUCCGCGCUGUGCUUGGCACCUGUGACCUCCAGAGCCCUUUUCCUUUGAAAGUCUUACAGCGGCUUACUCUCCUUCCUCCUCUUCUUCCAACUCCCCCCCCCCAUUAAAACAAAACAAAGAGCCCUCUGGAUGCAUCGCAGUGGCUAGAAAUGCCGCUUCUUCCUACUGCACCUCCAACUCACUCCAGCUCUCGGAAGAACUGGGGAGCAGCCUGACUUCUCCCCUUGCCUCCAGGACAGCCAAGCGGAGCAAGGGAGGUGGGGACACACUGUUUUGCCAGUGCUGAUGCUUCAGCUGGGUACCUAAAGAUCCAGCAGUGCAUCCGUUGCAUCUCCCUCCAGACUGGAUGCAUUAUGACACACCUGUGGAGCCCUUGCCUUUGGCCUGCCUGAAGAGCUGUCCCCGAGACCAGCAGAAGCCUUGGCCAAAGACUGAGCUGUGCCAUGGCUUCCGAAAGACCCUCCAACCUGCCCAGCAUUCCUGAAGACACCUCCAGUACCACAGACAAUGACGAGGCCUUCCUCCCCAGUGAGUCCAGUGACUCACAGGCCUUAGCCAAACAGGUGACCCUUAGCAGGGCACCCAGCUCUCCGGUCUUGUUUGCUGCCCAUUCGCCCAGCUACCUCAUGAAACUGAAGGCCAACAGGAGCAUGUACGACUUUGGUCGGAAAAUGAAAACAGUGGGUUUCGAGGUGGAGAAUGGCCCGUCACCUGGGCGCAGCCCGCUGGAUCCCCAGGCCAGCCCAGGUCUGGUGCUUCACCCCAGCUUUCCGCAGAGCCAGAGGCGUGAGUCCUUCCUGUACCGCUCGGACAGCGACUAUGACAUGUCUCCAAAGACCAUGUCACGCAACUCGUCCAUCGCCAGUGAAGCACAUACUGAAGACCUGAUAGUGACACCAUUUGCCCAGGUCCUGGCAAGUUUGAGGAGCGUACGUAAUAAUUUCUCCAUCCUGGCAAAUGUUCCUACGCCAACAUCCAACAAGAGGUCUCCCAUGGGCAGCCAGCCAACUGUUUGCAGAGCCACGCUCUCAGAAGAAACAUACCAGCAGAUGGCCAAAGAGACUUUGGAAGAGCUAGACUGGUGCCUUGACCAGCUGGAGACCAUUCAGACGUACCGCUCUGUUAGUGAGAUGGCAUCCAACAAGUUCAAAAGAAUGCUGAACCGUGAACUAACCCACCUCUCUGAAAUGAGCCGCUCUGGAAACCAGGUCUCUGAAUAUAUUUCCAACACCUUCUUAGACAAGCAGAACGAUGUGGAGAUUCCAUCCCCAACACAGAAAGAGCGGGAGAAGAAGAAGAAGCAGCAACCCAUGUGCCAGAUCAGCGGAGUCAAGAAACUCAUGCACAGUUCCAGCCUGACCAAUUCCAGUAUUCCCCGCUUUGGGGUCAAAACUGACCAGGAAGAGCCGCUCAGUAAGGAACUGGAACACCUAAACAAGUGGGGCCUUAACAUCUUCCGGGUCGCCGAGUACACCAACAAUCGGUCGCUCAGCUGCAUCAUGUAUACAAUAUUCCAGGAAAGAGACUUGCUGAAAACUUUCAAGAUCCCCGUGGACACAUUAGUCACCUACAUCAUGACACUAGAAGACCACUAUCACGCCGACGUGGCUUAUCACAACAGCCUCCAUGCUGCUGACGUCACGCAGUCCACUCACGUUCUUCUGUCUACACCUGCCUUGGAUGCUGUCUUCACUGACCUUGAGAUCCUGGCUGCAAUAUUUGCUGCUGCCAUCCAUGAUGUGGACCACCCUGGUGUCUCCAACCAGUUCUUGAUCAAUACCAAUUCGGAGCUGGCGCUGAUGUACAACGACGAGUCAGUCCUGGAGAACCAUCACCUGGCGGUGGGUUUCAAGCUGCUGCAGGAAGAGAACUGCGAUAUUUUCCAGAACCUGAGCAAGAGGCAGCGACAGACUUUGCGGAAGAUGGUCAUCGACAUGGUCCUGGCUACCGACAUGUCCAAACAUAUGAGCCUCUUGGCCGACCUCAAGACGAUGGUGGAGACCAAGAAAGUGACCAGCUCAGGGGUGCUUCUGCUGGACAACUACACUGACAGAAUACAGGUCCUGCGGAACAUGGUUCACUGUGCGGAUUUGAGCAACCCCACGAAGCCGCUGGAGCUCUAUCGGCAAUGGACAGACCGGAUCAUGGAAGAGUUCUUCCGGCAGGGGGACAAAGAGCGGGAGCGGGGCAUGGAGAUCAGCCCCAUGUGCGACAAGCACACGGCCUCCGUGGAGAAAUCGCAGGUGGGCUUCAUUGACUACAUCGUGCACCCGCUGUGGGAGACGUGGGCGGACCUGGUGCACCCAGAUGCACAAGACAUUUUGGACACCCUCGAGGACAACAGGGACUGGUACCACAGCAUGAUCCCCCAGAGCCCCUCUCCCCCUCCGGACGACACGGAGAAGGACGAUGAAGCCUGCCUGGAGAAAUUCCAGUUUGAGCUGACUCUGGAGGAAGAGGGGGAGGACUCAGAGCAGUCUGAAAAGGACCACAGCAGCCCCGGCGACGAGGACAAUAGCUACUACACAGCCGCAGAGGAGCAGCAACACGAGUCCCAGGAAGGGCAGGACAGACUAACGGACGACACAGUGAACGACACGUCUCCCGGCACAUCAUGACUUUGGGGAAGGGACAACUGAAAAAGCAAAAAAACACACACACACGAAAGUUUUCAUGAGGGAGGGGCAGGGAUAAAAAACAACAACGAAAAAACUCAUUUUUUAUUUUUAUUGUAUUUUUUAUAAAAAGAAAAUCAACAAGAAAAAAAGGGAAAUAUACACAGCAACUGUAGAACCAGGUUGGCCCAAGCAAGGGGCAGUAGCCCUGCUGCUUCAGUGAGCGGCCCAAGCACUCCAGAAAUAAUCUUACCUUUAAUUUUGCUUUCUUUUUCUUUCUUUCUUCUCCGUUGUUGCCGAGUGGGUUUUUAUUAUUUUCCUUUGCUGCUUAAAAAAAAAAGGACGGGUGCCAUCAGGAACAGAAGGAGGGCGAUGGUGAUGAAAAGCAUGUAUGAAGUGGUGGUAAAGGCCAAGCAGGAAUAAUAAUAAUAAUAAUAAUAAUAAUAAUAAUAAUAAUAAUAAUAAUAGUAUUUUAAGCCAUUUGUUGUAA